UUGAAUUGACAUCAUCUUCUACAAUAAAAAGUAUAUGAUUGACUAAUAAAAAGUAACACUGUAAUGUUUUUUUGAAAUUUUUUGAGUUGGAUAUAAAAAACAUAUAAGUUUUCAUAUAGAUGUUUUUUGAGAAAAGAUUAAAAAUAAGAAAACUCUCAGAAGAAAACCAAUCCUCUGCAUCGAGUGUUUGGCAAGUGAUGUGAUUCGCAUCUUUGUUAUUUAUUGGGAUGAUCAUUAUUUAGAAUAUUCAUUUUCACAAUGGAAGAUAAUGUCGAAGAUCAGUUAGAAAUAUUUUGUCAGGACGGAGUUCUACUGAAGCAGGCCCCAGCUACACAUAUCUGUUUUUUGAAUUCCAUCGGCACGUUGUGUCUUUCGGAAUCCCCAAACUCCAGCCGGAAGAGAUAUAUCGAGUGGAAACCCAAUGAUGUCACAAUAGACUCCGACAUACAGGAUCAAGAAUGGACGUUAGUAAAUACAGUUCGGAAAAGAAACAGAACGUUAAGCGGAAAUUAUCCCCCCGAUUUUCACAGUCGCAUAAGGUCUAUCAAGUUCAGCUUCCAGGACGUAAAGAGUUUUCGAGUAUCAAACAAAAACAGACAAAUGACAUUUUAUGACGGUCAGUCGGAAGUGCUGUGUGUAUUCGGGUUUCAGCAUGGCAACUGUGAAGGCCUGCUUAUUCGUUUGAAAGCUUUGUUCAAAACAUCAGUUUCCAGACGAGACAAACAACUUCACAUCAUUUAUGAUGCAACUCAUCCUGAAUUUGCCAAGAUUGAAAAAUCCUUCGCUGAACUCAAUAUUCAGUCAGAUCCCUACACACUGUGGAGUGUUUUGAAAAAUAUCAAGGAUAACCCUUAUGAAGCCACUUUUGAGGCCUUUGCCAAAUUUUCAGAUUACGUUUAUAGGCACCCAGGCCAAAGAGAAAUAGAAAAUGUUCAACCUCAAGCAUUGAGUCGCAGCCCAAGUCAUUCUAUACAAACAACAACACAUUCACAAGGAGAUUACGAAGUGAUAAACAAAGUGCCUGAACGGAAAGACUUUCCUCGCUUGAGGCCCCUCACUCAAGAACAGUGGUCUGGUCAUUUGAACCACGAAGGAAUGAUUGAAGACGUUGAGUCGGUCAAGAAUUUGAUAUUCAGAGGGGGAAUUACGCCCAGUUUAAGGAAGGAAGUCUGGAAAUUCCUCUUGGAGUACUAUCCUUGGUCGAGCACUGAAGCGGAAAGACAGAAGCUCGUUGUAGCCAAAAGCAACGAGUACUACAUCAUGAAGCUGCAGUGGAAGCGCAUGACAAAGGUGCAAGAAGAGAACUUUUCAGACUAUCGAGAGAGAAAAAACCUGAUAGAGAAAGACGUGAAUCGAACCGAUAGAAACGUAGACUUUUACGCAGGUGAUGACAAUGCCAAUCUGCAAACUCUGAAUGACAUCCUCAUGACUUACCUCAUGUACAAUUUUGAUCUGGGUUACGUGCAAGGCAUGAGCGACUUGCUCUCUCCGAUCCUGCAGCUUUUGGAGGAUGAGGUGGAAUCGUUUUGGUGCUUUGUGGGCUUCAUGAAUAUUAUGAGUCGAAACUUUGACAUAGACCAAGCUGGAAUGAAAGAUCAACUCAACAACCUCCGAACCCUUCUCGCUUUUGUCCAACCUCAACUCGUCAGUUAUAUGGAUGCCCACGAAUCAGGCAACAUGUUUUUCUGUUUUCGUUGGCUGCUGGUAUGGUACAAGAGGGAACUCAGCCAGGAGGACGUGAUGCGCCUCUGGGAGGUUAUGUGGACCGGAUAUCCGUGCGAGAAUUUCCACUUGCUAAUUGGCGUCGCCAUUUUGGAAUCGCAGAAGAGACAGAUCAUGGAAAAUAAUUGUGGGUUCAAUGAGAUAUUGAAGCAUAUCAACGACCUGUGCGGCAAAAUUGACAUGGCCGUGAUGCUGAACAAGGCCGAAGGCAUCUACCAUGAGAUCAAAGAAGCAGAACACCUCACCGAUCACAUACGGUCCAUCCUUGGUCUGCCGAUUCCCCUCAUCCAGAGCUCAUCGUCACGCGGUAGUCACGAGCCUUCGCCUUUCGAAGAAGCUAUCGCCGAAGAAGGGAGCAAUGCGGAGGAGCAGCCGGGGAGUUCCUCUGAAAAGAUCACCAUCGCCCCCGAUGAGAUAUUGUACGAAAAGUCGCUGAGCGCUAAUUUUCUGUAGCAAAGGGUCUCUAUAAUUUUGAGUUUUCAAGCGGAGAGAUUUGUAGAGCGGGAUUUCUAUCGAAUAUUUACAAAAGUCGGAACGUAGGACGUUUUUUAGUGUUGUUAGUUUUAUGCAAAAUUAUUCUGUAUUUAUGAAACAAUGAUCAGUUUUUUUUAGAAUGGAAAUGUUCAAACUAUCCAAUUUUCAACAAAAUUCAUAUUUGGGACGUAUUAUAUCUCUAAAGGCACAGUAGAUAAUAUAUUAUGUUGCCAAAUCUA